CUUACCGGACUUCCAUGCCGAACCAUACGUAAGAUCACAUACUUGGUUUAAAUGCUGGGUGACAGGAGGGGACAAGUGUUGUGGAUUUGGAAGAGUGCCUGCAAAAGGGGGCCCAAGGUGUGACCACCCCCUUUCCUCUAUGUGGGGACUGCCACAACCCUCACAGACACCCAUGGUUCAUUGCCCACUAGGCUCCUGCUUGCCCCAGCAUCCUCUGCGCAGCCGCGCAGAAGCCGGGUGCCCCAGGGAGCCUGGCUACCAUGCCAUCUCCUCUCCCUGUCUCCCUCCUCCUCUUCCUUACCUUAGUAGGAGGCAGGCCCCAGAAUUCCUUACUGGUGGAGGUAGAAGAGGGAGACAAUGUUGUGCUGUCAUGCCUCCGGGACUCCUCACCUGUCUCUUCUGAGAAGCUGGCUUGGUAUCGAGGUAACCAGUCAACACCCUUCCUGGAGCUGAGCCUCAGGUCCCCGGACCUGGGUCUGCACAUCGGGCCCCUGGGCAUCUUGCUAGUGAUUGUCAAUGUCUCGGACCAUAGGGGGGGCUUCUAUCUGUGCCAAAAGAGGCCCUCUUUCAAGGACACCUGGCAGCCUGCCUGGACCGUAAACGUGGAGGAUAGUGGGGAGCUGUUCCGGUGGAAUGCUUCAGACUUGGGGGACCUGGAUUGUGACCUAGGAAACAGGUCCUCAGGGAGCCACAGGUCCACUUCUGGUUCCCAGCUGUAUGUGUGGGCUACAGAUCAUCCUGAGGUCUGGAAAACAAAGCCUGUAUGUGCCCCACGGGAGAUCAGUCUGAAUCAGAGUCUAAUCAACCAAGAUCUCACUGUGGCCCCUGGCUCCACACUUUGGCUGUCCUGUGGCGUACCCCCUGUCCCAGUGACCAAAGGCUCCAUCUCCUGGACCCAUGUGCAUCCUAAGACGCUUAACGUUUCAUUACUGAGCCUAAGCCUUGGGGGAGAGCACCCAGUGAGAGAGAUGUGGGUUUGGGGGUCUCUUUUGCUACUGCCCCAAGCCAAAGCUUCAGAUGAAGGUACCUAUUAUUGUCUCCAAGGAGGCCUGACCAUCAAGAUGCACGUGAAGGUCAUUGCAAGGUCAGCAGUGUGGCUCUGGCUGUUGAGGACUGGUGGAUGGAUAGUCCCAGUUGUGACUUUAGUAUAUGUCAUCUUCUGUAUGGUUUCUAUGGCGGCUUUUCUCUAUUUUCGAAGAGCCUUCAUCCUGAGGAGGAAGAGGAAGCGAAUGACCGACCCUGCUAGGAGAUUCUUCAAAGUGACGCCUCCCUCAGGAAACGGGACCCAGAACCAGUAUGGGAAUGUGCUCUCCCUUCCUACAUCUACCUCUGGCCAGGCCCAUGCUCAGCGUUGGGCUGCUAGCCUAGGGAGUGGUCCUGUGUCCUAUGGAAAUCCACGCAUUGAAGUCCAGGAUGCUGGAGCUCAGAGACAUGAAACAGGACUGGAAGAAGAAGGGGAGGCCUAUGAAGAGCCAGACAGCGAGGAGGGCUCUGAAUUCUAUGAGAAUGACUCCAACCUUGAGCAGGAUCAACUUUCCCAGGAUGGCAGUGGCUAUGAGAACCCUGAGGAUGACCCCGUAGGUCCAGAGGAGGAAGACUCCUUCUCCAAUGCCGAGUCUUAUGAAAAUGCAGAUGAGGAGCUGGCCCAACCAGUUGGCAGGACGAUGGACUUCCUGAGCCCCCACGGGUCUGCAUGGGACCCCAGCCGGGAAGCAUCCUCCCUUGGGUCCCAGUCCUACGAAGACAUGAGAGGGAUCCUGUAUGCAGCUCCUCAGCUCCAAUCAAUUCGGUCUGGUCCCAGUCAUGAGGAAGAUGCAGACUCUUAUGAAAACAUGGAUAAAUCUGACGACCCAGAGCCAGCAUGGGCAGGAGAGGGCCACAUGGGGACUUGGGGUGCCACGUGACUCCCAGGUGACUAGGUGAGCUGGACACUGCCCCUCAGAGAGGGGAGGAAGAAGGAGAUAAACAAGGAUGAUGAUGCAGCACUGGCUCCUGGGGAGAGGAAGGGGACCCGUUUCCUGGGUCCAGUGAAUAGGGCCUAGACUUCUUCCCAUAUUUGUUUGUUUAUUGGUUUGUUCUUUUACGUAGCCUGGACUUCCUUAGGUCCCGAGAACCCCAUCUUACUCUGAAAUCUGGAGAUCCCAAGAAGAUGGUGUCAGUCAGUGAAAUAACCUUGUUUAGGAUGUGUGUGCGCACACACACACACACACACACUCAUAUGCAUGUACAAGCAAAGCUUCCUUUUGACUCUUUUUGCUUUCCCCAAAUAAACUCAACAAGCCACUCAAAUACUCUGAAGCAUGCCCUUGUGUGGGAGAAGAAGGAAAGAUGAGGCUGAAUCCAGCUCUGAAUCACCCAGAGGAAGGAGAGCUGGUCUGAAUACAUCCUGGCCCUAGCAUGAUAUUUAGCCACUAACAUCCAAUGAUGCAAAUAUGUUCAGCCAUUAUUCCAUGGUGUCCCACAAGGGACAGACAGUGAUGGGAUUGGCACCCCUGCACAAACUGGGAAACCCUGUCUGCCCUUCUUCCCUUAACCCUGGCUGCUCUGGGCUAGCAGGUCAGUACCCCUCAUCUCUGAGUUUCCGGCAACCCACCUGAGUGCCCGCCCAGGGUUUCAGCUUCUGACCAUAUGUGGACACCACCCCAGCUCUGAACUUACAUAUCAUCACUCCUUGUCUAAGACCUAUAAAACCCCCUUACCUUAGCCCAGGUGUGCCAUUUCCCUGCUCCCUCCCCUGUCCUUGGGAUCUGUGAACGUACUCAAGAGCUGCUCUCAAUAAAUCUGCCUCUAUAUGUCUUAA